AUGCUCACAGGUCUCGAGGGGUUCUCCAUGGCUGCGUUGGCCCGCGGCCAUGAGUGGUCUCGUAGUGAGGUCGAGGUCUUCCUCAUUCAAGUGCGAAAGGAUAUCAAGGACCGGAGUAUUCACGGUUACUGGCCGGUAUACUACAUCACUGGACGCAAGCCCGAGAAGGAAGACUCUGCGCAUCCGAAUCCCAUUUCCCCUGAAAAUGCCGCUCCCACUGAGGCCACUAUCUCCCCAUCGGUACCGGCAGCGGCUGCGAAAAUACAGCCAAUAGCAUUAUCUUGA